GGUUUGUCGAAUCGCCGCGCUAGACCGCAAGGUCAGCAACAAUGCCUGGGGACUGGGGUUUACUUCAUUCCGCUGCGACGCUCAGUUCUUUGAGCCAUUAGCAGGGAACAGUGCAGAAGAAGGGAGAAGCUGAGAAAGAUUCAACCAAAGGUCGCCGUGGAAGGUGAAAAGUCCGGGGGACGGAGCGGAGGUGAUGGAGGUUGAGGUAGACGAGAAAGAACUGAAGGCCGCCGGAGCUGAGCUGCUGCCAGACGGACGCCGUGGACUUCGUAUUCACGGUUGGGAGAUCGAGUCUUGCAAGCGAUCCAUUCUCAAUUCCCUCCAACUCCAACAGUGGGAACAAAAGCUUCAGACAUCGCACUUGCCCGAGAUGAUUUUUGGGGACAGCUCCUUUGCUCUUAAACACAUUAAUAGUGGCACUAAACUUCAUUUUAAUGCAUUGGAUGCUCUAGCUGGCUGGAAGCAGGAAGCUUUACCACCUGUUGAAGUUCCAGCAGCAGCACAAUGGAAAUAUAGAAGCAAACCCUAUCAGCAGGUGAUACUAGGUUAUGACUAUACAUUUACAACACCAUAUUGUGGAAGUGAGAUGGUUGAGAGAAAUACAGAGCAUAAAAGAGGGUCACUAUCCGAGGAAGGGAGCUGUCAUCUUCAUUGGGAGGAUUGCAAGGAGCAAAUUGAUAUAGCUGCUUUGGCAUCAAAAGAGCCUAUUCUCUUCUAUGAUGAGGUAAUCUUGUAUGAAGAUGAAUUGGCUGAUAACGGUGUGUCGCUUUUGACUGUAAAAGUGAGAGUCAUGCCAAGUUGUUGGUUUCUUCUCUUGCGUUUUUGGCUUAGAGUUGAUGGGGUGCUUAUGAGACUCAGAGAUACUCGUAUCCAUUGUGCUUUUGCGGACCAUUCAAACCCCGUCAUUCUUCGGGAGAGCUGCUGGAGGGAGGCCACUUUUGAGGGCUUGGCUGCAAAGGGAUAUCCCUCGGAUUCUGCUGCAUAUAACGAUCCAAGCAUUAUCAGCCAGAGACUUCCUGUCGUUAUGCAUAAGACCCAAAAGCUUAAAGUCCCCGGUAACCUGUAAUGCUGUAAACAAUCCUGGAGAUUAAUUUACUGGUGGGAAAAAAAACUGUAAUUUGUGUUCUUGCUGAAGUACUCAACCAUAUCUAUAUCUAGGCAUAGAUGUCAUAGAAUAUCUUUUUGGGUGUACUGUUUGUGCAUAUAUAUACAUUUUUUUUGUUUAUUAUUA